CCUGGUUCUACCGGAGGUUCGAGUGGCGGUGGAGGUGGCGGUGGAGGAGGUUAUAGCGGAGGUGGUGGAGGUGGAGGUUACGACGGUGGCUAUGCAUUUCAGAGAGAGGAAUACGCCUAUGGAGGAGGUGGAGGAGGUGGAUUUGAUGCUACAGGCGGUGGCGGUGGAGGCGGUGGUGCUGAUACUGGCCCGAAAAUGCGAACCGAUGUAUCUUGUUACUUGGGUCCAAGAUGAACCAAAUCUUGAUAAUAAUAAUAAUAAUAAUCACAUACCACCUCCUAUGCACCUGUGUACGAUCAGCCUGAAUUAA